UCUUCCACUCAUUCUUCACCUCACCAAUCAACUCACCACACAAAUUGCUUUGAUUGCUGAGUUGCUCACCGACAUAACCAUGACGGAAUCCACGAAACCGCACGUUGCAUUUCUCCCCAGCCUCGGCGUCGGCAUCCUCACACCGCACUUGGAGUUGGCGAAGCUCCUUGUCAACCACCAUGGCUUCCAAGUCACCUUCUUCUACAUCACAACCGACGCCUCCCCGGCACAAAACAACCUCAUCAACUCCGCCGACCUCCCACCGGACCUCCACAUCGUCCACCUCCCACCACUCGACCUCUCCGCCGUCAUCACCCUGCAAACCCGCGUCCUCACGCGCUUCUCUCUCAACGUUCAGGAAAACUUGCCCCACAUUAAAACACUCCUCAUCCAGCUCAUCCCCAAGCCCCAAGCUCUCAUCAUCGACGUGUUCUGCACUCAAGCUCUUGACUUUCAAGAAAGCCUCCCUAACGUUCCCAUCUUCACCUUUGCCACCGCCUCCGCUCACUUCCUCGCUUUCUCCCUCUUUCUCCCGCAGCUUGACCGUGAUGUGGUGGAGGGACAGCUCGUCGACCUCCCCGGACCGGUUCAGGUCCCUGGUUGUCAGACCAUCCGACCCCAAGACUUGAUAGACCAAGCCACGGAUCGGAACAACGACGAGUACAAGUGGUACCUUUAUCACUUCAAACGUGUGUCCAAAUCCGCCGGCAUCAUAAUGAACACAUGGCAGGAUCUGGAACCAGUAACGCUCAACGCUUUGAGAGAGCAUCCGUUUUACCGAAACAUACACACUCCGCCGAUUUACCCAAUCGGGCCGAUCGUCAAGGAAACCGAGCCGAUCACAGAAACCGGGUCCGAGUGCCUCACUUGGCUUGAUAAACAACCGACUGGUUCAGUUCUUUUUGUGUCUCUGGGCAGUAGGGGCGUUCUAAGCGCGGAGCAACAAACCGAGUUUGCGUGGGGGUUAGAACUCAGUGGGCAAAGAUUCUUGUGGGUGGUUCGUGCACCGAGUGACAUUAGCUCCGCGACGUUAUACAAUGUUGGUGGGGUGGGGAGCCAUGUGCAGUGGGGUUUGCCGGAGGGGUUUGUCGAGAGGACAAGGGGGAGGGGCAUGGUGGUGGGGCCAUGGGCUCCGCAAGUGAGCGUUUUGAGGAACACGUCGACAGGGGCGUUUGUGUCGCAUUGUGGAUGGAACUCAACUUUGGAAAGCGUGGCAUACGGGCUGCCGAUGAUUGCAUGGCCAUUGUAUUCGGAGCAGAGGAUGAAUGCUGCGAUGGUGGCAGAAGUACUGGGGGUCGGUGUGAGGAUGGAGGGUGAGGGUGGUGUUGUUGGAAGGAAGGAGAUAGAGAGGGUGGUUAGGAUGGUGUUGGAGGGAGAAGAAGGGAGGAGGUUGAGACAGAGAGCGAUUGACUUGGGAGAAAGUUCAGUGAAGGCUUUACGACUAGGAGGCGAUUCUUGCUUGGCAUGGGCUGCUUUGGCGAACCAGUUGAAUGGCCAGUGCAAUGAAGCCCCAUAAGCCAGCAUGUUAAUCAUUUUCAUUCAUUCGCUUUUCAUCCAGCUUUUUUUCUUAUCACGUCAUCUACUUUAUCCCUUACUUUCUUGCAAUCUUAACUGUCAUUUGAUGAGUUAAUAGUUUCCGCCUUCGUACCCAUGUAAAAAAGGGGAUAAAAUCUGAUAAAUCAUAUUUAAUUAUGUGUGCAAUAAAAAAUUUAGAUAUGUCACCAUAAACAUUCUUCUC